AUGAUUCUUGAAAUCCACAAGAGAAAGAUAGGAAUUGGAUUUUCGGCCUCAGAUUCCUACAGUAGAAGAGGGGGAGAAGAAGAGCGGAAGAAGAAAAAUGCUGGAAAUGUCCAUAGCCAAGAUAGCUUAUGGGGUGCUCAUUUGGAUCUCCUUCACAAGUCCAUGUCUUCUGGGAAAUACCGUGGAAGGUCACCUUGUAAUUAUCGUGCUUGUGGGGACAAUGAUCUUGCAAUACGAAAAUUUGUUCUGCUUAGACAUUCUCCUGUGCCCCAGAAUCCAAUUGUUCAAGCAACCCCACAUCUACGAAAGGUCCUCCACUAUAACAUGUGUAAGAGAUCCUGGACAAUUUCAGAUACUGGUGGCCUGAAUUCGGGCUCCCGCUGCGCAUAG